AUGAAGGACAUCGAAGCCGGCACCCCGGGCUACGAACUCCACGCCUCGCCCAAGCCGGGCUCGGUCCAAGGCGACGAGCCGCCGCUCACCCACCCGUCGAUCUGGCUGCUGCUCGCGGUGUCGAUGCCGCGUAUGGCGAUCAACAUGGCCUGGUCGGCGCAGUGGGCCGCUCUGGGCCCGUACUUGUCGACCAUGCUGUCGAACUCCGCCGUGCAAGCGACGCAGUUCAUCGGCCCCAUUGUCGGCGUCAUCGUCGGCCCCAGUGUCGGCGUCUUCAGCGAUCGCACCACCUCCCGCUUCGGCCGUCGCCGUCCGUACCUUGUCGUUGCUGGCAUCCUCAGCGUUAUCUGCUGGAUCGCCAUGGGCUACACGAGUGAGAUCGGCGAAGCUCUCGGCGACUCUGGCACCGACAACCGCACGUGGACGUCGGUGUUCACGAUCAUUUUCUACGCCUGGAUGGACAUCACCGUCAACAUCGUGCAGACGCCGGCCAUGCUGCUCGUCGCCGACUUUGCCGGUGACCGGCAGACGACCGGUGCCGCUCUCGGCCAGGCCUGGUCGACGCUGGGAUCGAUCGUCGUGGCUGUCUACAUCCGCGCAUUUGGAGCUGCCUACCUCACUAUGCACUGGUUCAUGGGCACGCUGUCCGUCAUUAUGAUCGUGUGCGUUGCCGUCGCGACCAUUUUCGCCCACGAGACGCCGUUGGACCCCAGCAAGUUGGCCCAGUCCACUGCUUGGGCCCAGGUCAAAGGCGCGUUCUACUCGGUUUGGCUUGGUAUCAAGACCCUGCCCCCGGUGCUGGUGGUGUACGCUAUCGGCUUCUUCUUCGUGCAGUACGGCUACACGGCCUACAACGGCAACAAGGGGCAGUUCUUUGGCCUUGAGGUGUACGGCGGAACGUCGGAGAACGCCGACAAAUGCGACCCCUGCUCGGACGAGCAGAACGCCUACAACGACGGUGUCAGUCUUGCCGGCGGCGACGCCGACCUGGCCUACAACAUUGUCGGCUACGUGUACUCGUGGUGCCUGCCCUUCCUUGUAAGCAAGAUCGGCCUCAAGUGGGUGCUCACGCUGUCCACCGUGCCGCAGAUGUUCCUGCUCAUCAUGGCCUGGGUCAGCAACAAGGGCUUCGACGUGUUCGUCGUCGCUAUCUGUGGCAUGACCUCCGCCGUCUGGUUCUCUUGCAUCGUGCCGGUCAUUAUCCACGUGAUGGGCGACGACAUCGAGAUCGGCAUGUACGUGGGUGCCCUGAACUCGGCCAACUGCUUCGGCCAGCUGCUCAACUUCGCUAUCGGCACGGCCAUCGUGGACACAUCGCUCGGCUACAAGCUGCCGGUGUUCCUCGGCGGCAUCAUGACCACGCUGGGCUUCCUCACGGCCGCCAUCUUCAUGAAGAUCAAGAUGUACAGCUUGUAAGUAGUCGGUGCCGGCAACCGUACGCACGUAUUUUGUAUGCGUAGUUAAGCAGCCUUAGCGUUUGAAACUCGUUCUUAGUUAGCACGGAUAACAACGGAAUAGGCUUGAAGUUUGUUC